GUAGUAAGCCAGCUGUCUGGUCGUGUGGGCCCAACCACUUCGACAACCUCGAAAGCAGCGAAGAAAGUCUGCAAUAUCAUGCAGUACGGAGGAGUCUCAAGUGCAACAACUGACAACAGCGCCGCGAUCACCUCCGCCUGGAACGCCUGCAAGUCAGGCGGCCAAGUAUAUAUACCUGCGGGCAACUAUGGACUAAACUCUUGGGUGGCCCUAAGUGGCGGCACUGGUGUCAGCAUCAAUCUUGAAGGAACCAUCUAUAGAAUGUCUACAGCUGGUGGCAACAUGAUUGCAGUUUCCCAGACGACUGAUUUUGAGUUCUAUAGUGCCAAUUCCAAGGGCGCCAUCCAGGGGUACGGAUACCAGCUGAAUACGAAGGGCGCCAGCGGUCCACGACUUAUUCGACUAAUCGAUGUGACCAACUUUUCGCUCCAUGAUAUUGCUCUUGUUGAUGCCCCCGUGUUCCAUCUAACUCUGGACUCCUGCACUAAUGGUGAAGUCUAUAACACGAUCAUUCAUGGUGCCUCCGAAGGAGGGCUGGACGGCAUUGAUGUGUGGGGCAGCAACAUUUGGCUCCACGACGUCGAAGUGAGUAACAAGGACGAAUGCGUGACGGUCAAGAACCCCGCAAACAACAUCCUCGUCGAGCAAGUACACUGCAACUGGUCAGGCGGCUCGGCCAUGGGAUCCCUCUCGACGGGCACCAAUAUCCACGACAUCGAAUACAACUACAUCUACACGCACCACUCGAACCAGAUGUACAUGAUCAAGUCCAACGGGGGUGGCGGCACUGUCAGAAACGUGGCCUUCAACAACUUCAUGGGCCACAGCAACGCCUACACACUCAACUUCGACACGGCCUGGAGCAGCAUGAGCAAGGCGGCCGGGAAUGGCAUCGCCUACACCAACAUCACCUUCGGCGCCUGGAAGGGCACCGCGGCGAACGGUGUCCAGCGCGGCCCCAUCAAGGUGAACUGCCCCUCGGCGGUGCCGUGCACGGGCAUCAACAUCCGGGACUUCAACGUGUGGACCGACACGGGCAGUUCCGUGCUGUGGGGGUGCCAGAAUGCCUACGGGUCCGGGGGCUGCCUCAAGACCGCCUCAGGGGGAGCCUACACCUCGACCUCGACAGUCAGGUCCGUGGGCGGCUACCAGUAUGCCACCAUGUCCAACGAGCUGCCGUCCGGGUUCCCCGUCGGGAGGCAGAUCCCGGUCCCGUCCCUGCCGGCAUCUUUCUAUCCGGGUCGACAGCCUAUUUCCGCGAUCCUGGCU